UGGUGCCUCGUGAUUAAAGAGGAAAAUGAGAAGAUUUCUGAGGCCUGGACAUGAUACCGUAAGAGAGAGGCUAAAGCGUGACCUUUUCCAGUUUAACAAGACGGUUGAACAUGGUUUUCCUCAUCAGCCAAGUGCCCUGGGCUACAGUGCUUUCUUCCACCUUAUGGCUAUUGGGACCCGGGCAGGAGCCAUCAAAAUUUAUGGUGCUCCAGGAGUGGAAUUCAUGGGCUUACAUGAAGAGACCAACACUGUCAUGCAGAUACAUUUCAUUCCUGAACAGUGCCGCUUAGUGACCCUACUGGAUGAUAACAGCCUGCAUUUAUGGACCCUGAAACAUUCCCAUCAUGGUACAUCAGAGCUUCAGGAGGAAAGACAUUUCACACUCCGUGGGCCUCCUGGUUCCCCUCCAAGUGCUACCCAAAUAACAGCAAUCCUGGCACAUUCUUCUCAAGAACUUCUGUAUCUUGGUACUGAAAGUGGUAAUGUGUUUGUGGUAGAGCUCCCAUCCUUCAGGGUGCUAGAAGACCAGAUCAUCAGUCCAGAAGAAGUAUUACAAAGAGUGCCAGAAGAUUAUCGGAACAGGAGGUCCCUAGAAUUGGUAGAAGUGUUACGGGAACAUCCUCGGAAUCCCAAUCAGAUUUUGAUUGGUUACAGCAGGGGCCUCAUUGUUCUCUGGGAUUUGAUAAAUAAGAAAGCAACACAUCAUUUACUUGGCAAUCAGCAAUUAGAAAAUCUCUUCUGGAUGAGGGAUGGCCAUCAUAUCAUCAGUUGCCAUUAUGAUGGGAGCUAUACACAGUGGCCUAUUUCAAGCGAUGAUAGGCAGCCUGAGCCUUUGGAAAGCAAAGUACAUUACGGUCCCUUCCCUUGUAAGGCCAUUUCAAAAAUUUACUGGCUCACAACAAAGAAUGGGCUCCCUUACCUCAUAUUCCAAGGAGGGAUGCCUCGAGCCAGCUACGGUGACCGGCAUAGCAUCACUGUUGUUCAUGGCAGUCGGCAGAUUGCCUUUGACUUCACAUCACGGGUGAUAGAUUUCUUUGUCAUUGCCGGUGCUGAAUCAUUUGCAGAGUUUGACGACCCUUCUGCCAUGCUGGUACUGGCAGAAGAAGAACUAGUAGUAAUAGACCUGAAGUCUCCUGGCUGGCCAUCUAUCCAACCUCCGUAUCUUGCAUCUCUCCACUGCUCGGCCAUCACAUGUUCUCACCAUGUCUCCAACAUUCCUCUAAAAUUGUGGGAAAGGAUCAUCAAUGCUGGGAACAAGCAGAACGUUCAGUUUUCUAAUAUGCCCUGGCCAAUUAAUGGGGGUAUCAGCAAGGCUCCAGAUCCUCCCCAGCGGGAUUUACUGCUCACUGGGCACGAGGAUGGCACAGUGCGCUUCUGGAAUGCAUCUGGUGUGUGUCUGAACCUCCUGUAUAAACUGACCACAGUGAAGGUGUUUCUCACUGAUGCAGAUCUCAAUGACAAUAUGAACCAGCUGGGAGAGGAUGAAUGGCCUCCACUGCGCAAGGUUGGCUCCUUUGACCCUUAUAGCGAUGACCCCAGACUUGGGAUCCAGAAGAUCUUCUUAUGCAAAUACAGUGGCUAUUUAGCUGUAGCAGGGACAGCAGGACAGGUCCUUGUCAUGGAACUGAACGAUGAAGAAGCAGAACAAGGGAUUGAUCACGCAGAAGCAGACUUUCUCCAGGACCAGGAAGGCUACAAGUGGAAGGGUCACGAACGCCUGAAAACUAGGGACGGGCCUGUCCGGUUUGAGCCAGGCUUUCAGCCAUUUGUCCUGGUCCAAUGUCAGCCUCCAGCAGUCGUCACAUCACUGGCCCUUCAUUCAGAAUGGAAACUUGUGGCCUUCGGUACAAGCCAUGGGUUUGGGCUGUUUGAUCAUCAGCAGAAGCGGCUGGUUUUUGUGAAGUGCACCCUCCAUCCUAAUGAUCACCUGGCCUUAGAAGGCCCGCUUUCCAGGGUGAAGUCCUUAAAGAAGUCUCUCCGCCAGUCCUUCCGCAGGAUACGAAGGAGCAGAGUGUCAAAUCAGAAGCGGCCAACGGCCCAGGAGGGAAUUUCCAGGCAUCACCGCGAUGCAUUACAAGAAAUUGAAUUAGCUCCAGUCCAACGAAAGAUUGAAGCACGAUCAGCAGAGGACUCUUUCACGGGCUUCGUGCGCACCUUAUAUUUUGCUGACACCUUCCUAAGAGACAGUUCUCGGCACAGUCCUUCUUUGUGGGCAGGUACCAAUGGGGGCACAGUGUACGCUUUCUGCUUGCGCAUUCCUCCAGCAGAGAGAAGAACGGAUGAGCCUGUGAGAGCUGAGCAGGCCAAAGAGAUCCAGCUAAUGCAUAGAGCUCCAGUUAUUGGCAUUAUUAUUCUGGAUGGCCAAAGUACUCCUCUUCCUGAACCACUUGAAGUAGCACAUGAUCUCUCCAAAAGUCCCAACAUGCAAGGUUGUCAUCAGCUUCUUGUAGUGUCUGAAGAACAACUUAAGGUUUUCACAUUGCCCAAAGUGGUCUCCAAAUUGAAGCUGAAACUCACAGCUCUGGAAGGCUCCAGGGUGCGGAAGAUGGCUGUUGCCAACUUCAUCAGCGCUAAGACUGAGCAUAGUGAGAAUGACUUGGCUGUUCUGACAAACCAGGGAGACAUCCAGAUUAUCUCUCUGCCUUCGCUUAAAAUCCAAGCUCGUUAUCCCUGUAUUCGCAAGGAGGAUGUGAGUGGCAUUGCUUCCUGUGUGUUCACCCGAUAUGGACAAGGGUUCUAUCUCAUUUCCCCAUCAGAAUUUGAAAGAUUUUCCCUUUCGCCAAAGUGGCUGGUUGAACCUCGAUGUCUCAUGAAUGCAUUGGAAAACAGAGAAAACUGCCAUGGGCACAGCACAUCUGGCACAGAAAAGACUUCAAAGAAAUCGAACAAUAUUAGGGAACCAAGACAAACCUCCGGUGAACCUGUUGGUGAUGAAAGAAUGACUGGUAGGCUGAUGGAACACGCCCUCCUCAAUGAUGAGAAUGUUCUGAAGGAAAUCCAAAGCACUCUGGAAGGUGGGAGAGGGAGUUACUAUAAUAGAAGUUCAGGAAGAAUCCAAGUAGGGCAUACGUUAAGUAAUGGAGGAGAAUGAUUGUGCCUUGGCGUGUCGUUUGUGAGGUUUGGGCAUUUAAAAGGAGUGCCAUAACACUACGGUCAUAGGUACACCAUCGUCAGGUCUGAGAAGCAUCCCCUGGUCAGGGCUUCGGAUAAAAUUGAAGGGCUGCAUCCUUUUUCCUCAUUGUGCCUCACCUGAAGCUCGUACCUAUCUUGAGUUAUCCACCUUGUGAAGAGGCUGGAACCACUCUAGUCUCUUCCUUUUUAUGCCUCUGGAUCUGUGUUUUGCAAUUUUUCAAGUGUUUGCACAAUUUAUUUCCUUUUUAAAUAUAUAUAUAUAUAUAUUUGUACUGGGAUGGGUUUUAAAUUAUAAAAAUUACUGUUUUGGAAGCAGACUUUAAGAAUAAGUACUGCUUCCACUAAGAUUAUUUUUUGUACAUUUUUAAAAUAAUAAUGGGUGUUUAAUAGAGGCAUAUUUUAGAAGUGUGCUUUUUAAAAAAAUGAUUGAAAUAAUAUAUGUCACUUUAAAUCCCUGUGGCUGCUCCAAUGAAGUUUUUGUCGUAUUACAGUACUGUUAAAUGCUUUGGCAGACUGGGUAGAUUAUUUUUGUAGCUGUUCAGAUGUGAGCAAACUAAUCAAAUUUAACUUGAUUUGUAUGGGAACACUACAUUAAUUUUUCUUGAAAUA